AGCUCCUGCAAGUUAAGAUUUUUGUCUCAGACGCUGACGCUGCAAUUCGUAUGCUUCUGCAUUUGCUUCCAAGCCAUGGCUACUGCCAAUCAUUUUUGCGACGAUUAUCUGCUACUCAACCCCAAGGAAGCAAGCUUCUUCGAUCUUUUCGGCCUACUUUUUUCCUCUGAGUUGGAGAAAAUAAGAUUCAUCGACUGCCCAGAACGGCAGCAACAAGGAGAUUUUCGUCGUAGAUGGCUUAUCUUCAUCUCCGUUCUUGUUCAGAAACUCCUCCUUUUGGGAACAAAACCUAUGGCCCUGGUGGGGAAUGCUCUCCAGAUGUGUCUCAAUCUCUUAUCAAGUAACGGCGGCCUUUUCAAGCUCCUCCUAAACCUUGUAACAGGGAAAUUCGUGUGGCCUGAUAAAUCAUCGGAGACGUACACAUCUGUGUUAGCAAAUGUGGACAGUCGCUUUGAAUUAGACAACAGCAUUGAACCUGACGACAGCAAAUACAAAGCGUCACUGUCUAUGAUGGCUUCUAAGCUGUCGUACGAGAAUGAAGCCUUCAUAAAAGGCAAAAUCAUACAACAUUGGAAGAUGAAAUUCUUGAAGUUUUAUAAUUUUUGGAACGAUUACCAAGAGCGUUUUUCAACCCAAGCCUUCCUGCUCCAGGAUACACAGGCUAACCCCAACCUGAUUGUGGUUGCAUUUAGAGGCACCGCUCCAUUUGAUGCCGACGCCUGGCGGACCGACUUCGAUAUUUCCUGGUAUCAGCUGAAAAAAGUGGGUAAGGCCCAUAGUGGUUUUAUGAAAGCUCUAGGCCUGCAAAAGAACCAGGGCUGGCCCAAAGAGAUCCAACAAGGCAGUGACCGACGACAUCAAUUUUCUUACUACACUAUCAGAGAAAAGCUGAAAGAGGUUUUGCAGAAGAAUCAGGAAGCCAAGUUCAUAUUGACAGGGCAUAGCUUAGGUGGGGCAUUAUCUAUCCUGUUUGCAGCUGUGCUAGUUUUACACGAGGAGGAAUGGUUGUUGGAGAGAUUGGAAGGGGUUUACACCUUUGGGCAGCCAAGGGUGGGGGACGAGAAGUUUGGGGCGUUUAUGAAGGAGAAGUUGAGGGAAUUUGACGUGAAAUAUUUCAGGUACGUUUACUGCAAUGACAUGGUGCCUAGGAUUCCUUAUGAUGACAAAACCCUCUUGUUUAAGCAUUUUGGACCCUGCCUCUAUUUCAAUAGCUGCUACAGAGGACAGGUUUUGUCGGAGGAACCGAACAAGAACUACUUCUCUUUGCAAUGGGUAUUACCAAAGAACAUGAACGCAAUUUGGGAGCUUGUUAGGGGCUUCAUCAUGCCUUACGCGAAGGGUCCAGACUACAAGGAAGGCUGGUUUCUGAGAAUGUGGAGGAUGAUUGGAUUAGUGGUACCAGGAUUAUCAGCUCAUUCCCCUCAGGAUUAUGUCAAUUCUACCCGGUUGGGAUCCUUGACCUCACAUCUUCAGCCUCAAGACCCAAUACACCAACACCAACUUAAAACAGAUUGACAAUUUGACACAGAUGAUGCAAUACUCACAAGCUCAUUACAUAGUUCUUUCAAAAUGACAAGUUUUCAAAAGAUAUACACGAAAAAAGGGAAUGGGG